AUGUCUGCUAACCAUUCUCCCUGCACUACCAACAGCACUAUUCCCCCAUUGUUCUGCUCCCGAUUCCUGCAUACCCCGCAUAACGUCCAAUGCAGCAAUAGAAAUUGGGCUUCCAAGAGAUUCAAACUCGUCGCAAAAUCAAAAUCAGAUGCGCAACCAUCUACACCCACAUCCUUUCUCUCUUUUCUCUGUCCCUUACUCAAACUCUUUUCUGGCAGAGAUCCUUCUCAACCUCGCAAUUUUACUUUGGAGCUAGCAACAUCUUCGUUGGCUAGCUUGUCUAGGUUUGCAUGGGGAACAAAAUCCAUAGCUGAGAGUUCACUGAACAAAGAAAUCACUUCAGAUCUUCCUUUCAGAUUGCAGCUUUUUGAAUUUGAGGCAUGUCCCUUUUGUAGAAGGGUUCGGGAAGCUAUGACUGAACUAGAUCUUUCAGUAGAGGUCUAUCCUUGUCCUAAGGGUUCUGUAAGACACAGAGAGGUGGUCAGAAGAACUGGUGGCAAAGAGCAGUUUCCUUUCCUCAUUGAUCUAUAUAGUGGUAUUUCUAUGUAUGAAAGUGGUGAUAUUGUCAAAUACUUGUUUGAGCAGUAUGGAGAAGGCAGAAGUCCCUCGUCAGGACUUUUGGAGAGCACUGUUUUCACUGGAUGGAUGCCAACUAUACUUCGAGCAGGUAGAGGAAUGACACGGUGGGAACAUUCCAGGCUUGACUCUCCUCCUGGAAAGUUGGAGCUCUUCUCAUAUGAAAAUAAUCCUAAUGCUCGAAUAGUGCGUAAGGCAUUAUGCGAAUUGGAACUUCCUUACAUUCUUCAAAAUGUAGGAGAAGGAUCUCGUAGAUUGAAGUUACUCUUGGAUGCUUCUGGAUCUAAAGAGGUUCCUUACUUUAUUGAUCACAGCACUGGAUUUCAGUCUGGGGACUACAAGACGAUCUUAUCUUAUUUGUUCGAAACCUAUUCUACAGCUAUUUUAUAAUCUCCACUCUUGUAAAUGAAAACUUCUGUGCUUUGAAAUUACCACAAAUACUUAUUGUCAUCUUAUUCUAUGAUGAACAAAGCCCCUAA